AUGGCGUCUCAUCUCAGAUCAUUUGCUCCAUCUCUCGACGAGAUCAAAGUCGAUCAAAUCACCGAAAGCAGGAUCUUCAACGUCGUCUCCAUGCUUCCAAACUCACUCCCCGGGCCAAUUCGUUUCCUCAGACGGAGUAUCAGUUUUCACACUCUACGUCCUGGUGUGACGAUAUCUGGGUCACAAACAAAACCUCGGCCUCUUUCAGAAGCUGAUGUCUCGGCUACAAUGGCCCAGCCACUCCAGACGGACAUGGUAAAGCACUCGGGUGGAUUUGUAGAGUCACGAGACUUGAAUCCUCAGCCGAUGAGUCGAGUCCUUUAUUCGGAAGCACCAGAGGAUGAACCAGCUAUGCGAGCAGCGUCUGGUGUGCAUUGGAAAUUUGCACGGCAGGGGACGAAUCUCGUCAACAUCUCUAUAGAUGGAGGCAAAGCUGCUGUAGCAGAUGAAGACGUUGCGUUUGAACGGAAAGCCUUUGUUGACGGGGUGACAUAUCUUCUCAAAGCUCUCCCGCAAGAACUUGAUGAAGGCGAACUUAGGAGAAUUCAAUGCGCAUUGCCAGAGCAAGUCAACUUGUCUGAUAUGGCCCUAACUCGAGCAGAACCCGGCUCACAACGCGUUCGCCCCAGUCAACCCCGUUCAAUCAUUCAUCGCGGAGUCCAAAUGACAGUCGUCAAUCUCAUCUUCUUCCUCAGCUUCCUAAUGCCAUAUCUGCUGCUACUCGUUAGAUGCGCAGCUCGACUGGAGCGCAAGUACAAGAUCUCCGAGAAGGUCGUAGGUCACGGCGUGGACUUGGUCAACUCAAUUGGCAAGCAAAGCGCUUCCUUGACUGACGCAAUCGGGCAGAUGAACGAUGGCAAAGUUGCUCAGGCUCUAUUAGAAGUGUUUGUUUGGACUGUUGAUGGUGUAACUCAGGGUAUCUCGGAUGGACUCGGGGAGGGUCUUUCGAUGGUGGGGUCGAAACCAAAGAUGAGUGGCUAG